CAUUCCACAUGUCACUGUCACUCUCAAAUUUCUCAACUACGAAAAAAAAAAGAAAAAUACACGAAAAAAACAUCCCAAUUUGUUAAACGGAUCAAAAGAAAAGAUAAAAAAUCACCAUAAUUCCAGAUAAAGAAAUCAUAAAAUUACUCUAAAAAUAAUCUACAACAAUCUACCGCCAAUAAUCAACAAUUAAAUCAUUCCCUUGUCAUCGUUUAAUGUGAAAUUUAAAUAAAAACAUAAAAAAAACUUACAACUUUCAUUCAUAACAAGAACAAAUAAAAAUUGUCACGUAAUUUUUUAUCACAAUUUGUCCCCCAAAAAGAAAAGAGAUUCUCUCGAUGUGAUAAUAUUUGCGCAUCACACAAUUUCAAUUUGCAAAAAAAUGUACCAAAAAUUCAUCGAAAACCCUUUUUAAAUGAAAACAAUGACGAAAAAACUUCCAAAAUAAGAGAAUUUCAUGAAAAUACAAAUUUCUUGAAAUUCAACUCGCCCACAACAAAAAACAUUCCCCAGAAAAAGUUGAUUCAUUUUUUUUUCACUCGGAGUUUUAUAUAAAAGUCUCCACUCUGUCGUCACAACGGCAAUUUACUGUUUCCAUCGACCUUCACCAUUCCACAGACUGGUUCCUGUCAGUGUCAAUGUAUUUGCCACAAAAUGACAUAUCCGAGGUCGUUUUACGUCAACGCAAUCGGCGUGACGAUCUCUCCAAAGAACUCUCCAAAAAUAAAUCGAAACUCAAUGCUGUCCAACAGGAAUACCAUUUCCUAACGCAACCUCUGAAUACAGACUAUUUGGACGAAUGCGAACGACUUGACGAUGAAAUUGACAAACUGCGGAGAGUUUGUCAAGUCAUGUUGAAUGAAAUCGAACAUUUGAAACGGUCUCAGGAGCCGUUGUUCGAACGGCAGCCGGUUCGGCCAGCUCCGCCACCUCCUCCGUAUCCUCCACCUCGAAUGAGGCCACAGACACUGUUUCCAAGACAGUCGUCGGCUUCGUCGCCAUUAUCACCACGAAGUCCUGAUACAAGUUCUUCCUCUAAUUCCGAACAACUUCCAACUUCGCCAAGUUCGCAAGACCUCGCUUCUCCAGCACCGUCUCCAAAAACCAUCGACGAUGUUUGUGAUCCAAAUUGUGGUGGAGAACAACCAUGGCAAUGCAGUAUGUGUACAUUCCAGAAUCAUCCGCUGCUAAAUAAAUGCGAAUGUUGCGAUAAUGUGAGAAUAUUGCCUGGAUCGGUGAGGAUAUUGCCAUCGAGACCACCGCCUCCGAUUCCUUUUGCUUUGGGUUCACGGUCGGCCCCGUUGACUCCGGCAACUCCGAUUACACCGAAUAAUGGGCCUCAAUCGGCAUGUGUUUUAUCCAGAUCGACUGAAUAUACUCGGCAAGGAGUGACUAAUAGCAGCAGUGAGGGAAGUAUGCCACAGUUUUUGGGCGAUGUUAUUAUUUGAGAAUGUUAUAAAUUGAAUUUUGUCGUUCUUGGUUUUUAUCAAUUAAUUAAAAAUGUACCUUAAUCCUUACACAAUCAAAUAAAUAUAAAAUAUAUUUUAUUUUACCCAACUUUAA